GCGGCCUUACACUUACCCACGCCACGCAUAUUCUUUUCUUACAAUAUUUGAUAUGGACAUUUCAUCUCACUAGAAUAUGAAUAUCCUUUUGACAAAAAGAGAAAAAAAUAAAUAAACACAAAUUCAACUGAAUUGGACACUCAAAAUUCCUACUCCAAGUUUCUGUAAACUCUCUCUUCUUCUCAUUCAUUUCCCUUUUAUUUUCCACUUUGCUUUCCAUUUUCCAUUUCUGUAACAAACAAGAAUUACAAAGCGGAUAGAAAUAUGGCUGUCUCAGCCUUCAAAUCGUCAAGCAAAAGGAGCAAUGCCGCCACCAAUUCCUCAGCAUCAACAACCUCAUCUGUUGGCAGACAGCAAAUCACAGACAAAGAUAAUAACAACCCAGCAAAGAAAGCCCCGCUCAGAAGGUCAAGAAGCGUCAGCGCUUUCUCAAGGACCAGCCUUGACGCCUCCGCUGAAAGCUUCUUGAACAAGAGAGACAACCCUCUCUUCUGGUCAACGGACGCCCAAGCCGUUGACUCCCAAAAGCUAGUCAAACCCACCAAGCUUGACGCUGCAACAUCGAAAGAUUCGAGACCGGCGACCUCCGCUGGUGCUGAUUCUAGAAGGGGCCGCUCCGGGUUGCGGAAUUCCGAUGCUUUGGGGACGAGGAAGGAGGCGGGUCGGAGCUUGUCGCGGGUCGACCCGGGCCGUCGGAACCGCUCCAUUUCCCGCGGUCCGGAUUCCAGGAGGCAUUUCGUCAAUUCUAAGAGUGACGAUGAACAAGUAUGGGGUUUGUUGAAUAAAGUGGGCAGUGAUGGGAAAAAGGGUGCUUUAGUUAGAAGCAGUUCUGAUGAGUUGGAUGAUUUGAAAGGUCUGCGUACAUGGUCCAGCCAGCAUUCACAAGAUUCUGAUGCAAAUUUGUCUUGUUUGCAAUCUACAAAUUGGGAAGAUGGAGUUUCAGUCGCAGGUUCAUUAUCUGGAACAGAAGAGAAAACUGUUAAAGCAGUGUGUGAACGGAUGAAUAUGGAUCUUGGGCAUUCUCAUUUGUCAGUUCAAGGGAAACAUUUGGAAGAUGAUAACCCGAGUACCAGUAUAUAUGAAACAGUUCGAUCUGAAGUGAGACGUGCUAUCUCUGAGAUUCAAAAUGACCUUGAAAGUGCUAUGCGAAGGAGUAAUGCUCCAGCACUUGCAACUACCGACAUUGCUGAUAUCCCUCCUGACCUGGUAAAUCCAAGUGCAGUUGAAUUAGUUUUGGACAUCAGAAGAGAAUAUGCCAAAAAGCUUGAGCAGUCCCGGGAACGUUCUAGAAAACUUCAAUCGGACCUGGCUGUUGAGGAGCACCGUGGACAAGAGCUCAGCAGGAUCCUGAAGGAAGUGCUUCCAGAUCCCAAGAACUCUAAUGUCACAAAAUCACGUCCAGGAAGAAAAGCUAGCAUUGAAAGAAGGAAGAUGUCGAAACGUCUAACAGAAGAAGCCAUGUCUUAUUUUGAUGAGUGUGUAUCCCUAUCAACUUUUGAUAGUUCUGACUUCUCAUCACCAGAAGACCCACCACUCAACUUAGUUGGCUUUACUACUCCUGUUGGUAAAAGCAUGUCUUUACUCCAAGCAAGUUCAACUGCUGCAGUCACCAAUAACUCAAACUCUUGCCACAAUGAUAAACAGGGAUUAAUCAUUGAAAAUCAGUAUACCAAUGACCGUCAUGCUUCAGGACUGAUGGCAAGCAGUGGUCCUAGGGAGCCACAGAUUAGUCCUAACAGUGCCAACAUGCCCCAGGAUUGGAAGUUCUCAUUUGCUCAUAAGCCAACAGAAACCCUUGAGCUUCAACCGGACAUUAUGAAGUACGCAAGACAUUUUGAGAAAGGAAUUGAGAAAGAUGACACGGAAUUGCAGAUUGUAAGAUCAAACUACUAUGAUUUGGGUGAGUACAAUUUGCAGGCUGCAGCACAAAGCUAUAUGUUCGACAGGGUAUUGUAUAGAAAUAGAAUAGAGUCGGGCGGUAUUUUACUCUGUGGCAAUGGUAUUUCAGGUCCUUUGUCACAUUUUGCUUCUUUUUUCUGAUAAUGUGGCCGAGGAAUGCGAUAAAUAGAACUAUGUCUCCGGAGUGAGGUUAGGAGUAAUUUUUUAAUUUAUUAUAUAUAUAGUAAUCUUUUGUUAGGACGGAAGCCUUGGGAAGAAUGAGGGCGAGAGUCGAACUCUUACCACGAAUGAGUGUAAUUUUUAUGAAUGAGAGUAAUGUUUAUGAACGGGUGUAAUUUUGGCCCCUAGCUGA